GCUUGAUGCUACCUUAGCUAUACAACCAAGCGGCCAGCUGUUAGUUUUCGUGGUGACUCCAUCGCAAGAAAAGCGAAUUUUGUCCAUUGUCAGAACGCCAGACAUACAGAAAGGAUUGGUCAAUGCAAUUCACUUUGCAACAACUGUUUACGGGAGUAAAUCUAAUAAGUGCAAUUUUUACUGUGGAAUCGAUUGUGUCUUUUCGGAUAAGUUCGAGUGUUGUGUGAAUUUUAUUCCGUGCAUUCUGUGUAGUAUCUUUUAUGGUGCUCCAAGGCAACCGGAGAGCGCCGAGCAUGUUUCAUCGCAGCAAACGUGAGUCUGUUACUUUCGAAGUUCGAAGUGAUUCAGUUAUUGUCCAGCCGUCCGUGAUCACUGCCGCCGUGACGACCCGUGGUUUUCUUUGGCGUGGUACCACAUACUACGGUACAAAGUGAGAAACAGAGAGAUCGAGUUGAACUUUCGCGUUGUCACAUUAUAUUCAACAAGUGUAGUAAACAGCGAAUGCUGAAUGAAUUGGGCUUCAGCUGGCCAGUGAAAUUGCGGAAUUGAAAAACAAAAUACGGUUUUAAUUUUGCUUCCAUACACCAUUUCCCCGGUGAUAGAGAGUGCAUUUAUGUGUGGGAAUUAGCGGAACACAACCGAAUUAGUGAAUAAGAGGUCGAGUGCUGUGUGUUGUCUCUGUGUGGAGCAGAAGAGUGAAUCAUAUAGUCUCCAGUCAAUGGCAGACAGGCGCAGUGCAGUUUGUAGUGUAAAUGUAAAGUAGCCAUAACCUAAAAAUAAAGAACAACCAGUUCAGGAGAAGAAAAAAAAAUAACGUCAUCGGUGACGGACAUCGGCAGCGGCAGCGAGUGGCGCGCGAAGAAAAAAAAGAAGAAGUGAAUAAUAACAACGAUCGCGAUGGCACUGCAUCAGAAUAGCCAUGAAGUUGGCGUACAAGAUUUUGUACUGCUCGAUGUGAUCACCAUGGAUAAUUUCAUGGACAACCUGAGAAAAAGAUUUAAAGCCGGUAAAAUCUACACAUACAUUGGGGAGGUAUGUAUUUCAAUGAACCCAUACCGGGAGAUGAACAUCUACGGUCCGGAGCAGGUCAGCCGUUACAAGGGUCGGGAGUUGUUCGAAAAUUCACCGCACAUUUUCGCUAUCGCCGAUGCCGCUUAUCGGGUGCUGAAGCAGCGUAAUCAAGACACCUGCAUAAUGAUUUCCGGUGAGUCCGGAGCGGGCAAAACAGAGGCGUCCAAAAUUAUCAUGAAGUACAUCGCGGCCGUAACGAACCAGAACAAACAAAACGAUAUUGAGCGGGUUAAAAAUGUUCUUAUUCAAAGCAACGCCAUCCUGGAGUGUUUCGGCAAUGCAAAAACGAAUCGUAACGACAACAGUAGCCGCUUCGGUAAAUAUAUGGACAUUGAGUUUGACUACAAAGGUGACCCGGUGGGUGGCGUGAUAACAAACUAUCUGCUAGAAAAAUCUCGAGUUAUCCAGCAGCAAAGUGGCGAACGGAAUUUUCACUGCUUCUAUCAGCUGUUACGCGGUGCUUCCGAUGCGGAACUAAGACAGUAUCAGCUGCAGCGGGAUCCUUCUCAGUAUCAUUACACAAACCAAGGCAGCGUUGAAGUACUUUCCGAAAAAUCGGACUACAGAAUGACAUCCGCUGGACUGAAGGCGCUUGGAUUCUCUAAUGACGAACUUUUCAUGGUUUGGCGAACCGUAGCGUCAGUGCUCCACCUUGGAAAUAUUAGUUUCAAAUCACAAGACGACCAGAUUCAGAUAGCGAAUCGUAAGCAGCUCUCCGCGGUGGCUCAGAUGUUGCACGUAACAGAGGAGGAGAUGAUCCGUUCCCUGACGGAGCGAGUGAUUGCGGCAAGGGGUGAAAUUAUGACCAAGACUCAUGACAUCGUGCAGGCAGAAUACGGGCGGGAUGCACUAGCUAAGGCGGUCUACGACCGGCUGUUCACGUGGAUAAUCGAUCGCAUCAACAAAGCCAUUUUGGUGCCCGGUUCGAGCACGCAGAAGCGUUAUAAUCGGGUUAUUGGAGUGUUGGACAUUUAUGGGUUUGAAAUAUUCGACCAGAAUAGUUUCGAACAAUUUUGCAUCAACUACUGCAAUGAGAAAUUGCAGCAAUUAUUCAUCGAACUGGUGUUGAAACAGGAGCAGGAGGAAUACCGAAGGGAAGGUAUUGAAUGGACAAAUGUGGAGUAUUUCAACAAUCAGAUAAUUUGCGAGCUGGUAGAACAGCAGCACAAAGGUGUCAUUUCAAUCAUGGACGAAGCUUGCCUGAACGUAGGUAAAAUUACUGACGAAAUGCUGCUAGAUGCAAUGGAUAAAAAGUUGUCGCAUCAUCCGCACUACAGCAGUCGUCAGCUAAAGCCGAUGGACAAGGAACUUAAACAUCGACAGGACUUCAGAAUCACACACUAUGCCGGGGAUGUUAUCUAUUGCAUCAACGGUUUCAUAGACAAGAAUCGGGACACACUAUUCCAGGAUUUCAAGCGACUUCUUUACCACUCCAACGAUCGGCUGAUCAGUUCCAUGUGGCCAGAGGGUGCUCAAGAUAUUUCCAAAACUACAAAGCGGCCAUUGACUGCUGGUACAUUGUUCCAGCGGUCGAUGUCGGAUCUAGUGGCUACGCUACUGAAGAAGGAACCAUUCUAUGUGCGCUGCAUCAAACCGAAUGACAUCAAGAGUGCUUCCGUAUUCGACGAUGUUAGGGUAGACCAUCAGGUGCGCUAUCUGGGUCUGCUCGAAAACGUUCGAGUUCGCCGGGCCGGUUUCGUCCAUCGUCAACGCUACGACAAAUUCUUGCUACGAUAUAAAAUGAUAUCCCAGUACACAUGGCCCAACUUCCGCGCCGGGUCUGAUCGAGACGGUGUCAAGGUACUGCUAAACGAAAAGAAUUUCAGCCAUGAUGUGAAAUAUGGAAAAACAAAAAUCUUCAUCCGUUCACCUCAAACUUUGUUUUCCCUGGAAAAACAACGUAACGAAAUGAUUCCACACAUUGUAACGCUUCUUCAAAAACAAGUUCGUGGUUGGAUAUGCCGACAGCAGUACAAGAAGAUGAAGGCUGCCAUCGUUAUUAUGCGUCACUAUCGAAAGUACAAACUGAAGAGUUAUGUGCAAGACCUAGCAAUACGUUUCCGAAACGCUCGUCAGUUGCGAGACUACGGUAAGGGAAUCCAGUGGCCACAACCGCCACUAGUGGGCCGAGAAGCAGAAAAGCAACUUCGAAUGUUGUUUUCCCGAUGGCGUGCCAGUAUGAUCCUGCGAAAGUAUCCUCGGGAAGAGUGGCCACAAUUGCGUCUGCAAAUUAUCGCUGCCAGUGCAUUCCGAAAGCGGCGCAAAUUUUGGGGACACGAUCGGCGCUGGUUGGGUAAUUAUUUGUCGAUAACGGGGGAGAAUUCGAACUAUUCCUCGUACAAUGCCAGUAUUAAUAACAUUAAGAAUGCUGACAACUUCCGGGCAGUACUGUUUUCGGCUUUCGUGAAAAAGUUCAAUAAGUGUAACAAGUCAGCCGACCGGGCGAUCAUCGUCACAGAUGGGGCUAUUUACAAGCUGGACGGAGCAAAUAACAAGUUCCGAAACAUGAAGCGAACAGUUUCUAUCAGAGAGAUUACAUCAAUUAGUGUAAGCCCUGGCAGGGACCAACUGGUAGUUUUCCACUCUCACCACAACAACGAUCUAGUGGUGGUACUCCAGGGAGAGCACCAACCUGUUAAAGAAGAUCGCGUUGGUGAAAUUGUUGCCCACGUCUGCAAGCGUUAUUACGAUUUAUGUAAUCAGGACCUGCCGGUAAACGUGGCUCCCACCAUUCAGCUAUGCCUCGGUAAAAAAGUGCGGACCCUCAGUGUCGAAGCAGUGGCUGGAGUCGAGAUGCCUGCCUUCGAACAUUCUCGCGCUGUAAUUGUUCUAAAGGUUCCGUCGGCGUACGGUAGUGCUAUUUAAAAGGAGUGUUCGGUCCUACGUUUGCUUACACUUCGUGCACCAGAAAACGUACUUAAUUAGUUCUAUGGAUACAAUCCACUUGAUUUUACCAGAAGUGCUUAAAAAAUUUAAUAGGUUAGUUAACCAUUAAAUGCAAUUUGUCGGUGCGUUUUAUUUUUACGUUGCCUCGGCUAGGUUAGAAUUUAGUAUUGGUAAGAUGUAACUUAUCAAAAUCAAACAAAUUAGAACCGUAUUGAGUGCCAUUGUAUUAUAAUUCAAUGAAAAAAAAAAAAAUGGAACACAAAACAUCGGUAAUGUUUCACGUGUGAUAAAUUUUAGACGAGAAUGCAUUGUCGGAGUACGAAACCAGUUGUUAGUCAUUGGUUUUAUUUUUUUUAAUAUUUUGUGUAUUAAUUAUUAUUCAUCGAUUUUAUAAACACGAAAUAAUCAGGUUAUGAAUGCAUUUCUACCGUAUAAUAUAUUUUUGUGAAUAAAGAUUGUGCCUUUUACGAUCAUGUGGCAUGCAUUGUCAAACUGUUUUAAUAACUCUCUAAAUUUUAGAUAAUAAAAAUUAAAAAUUAGAAAUUUUUUUUCUUA